GAACGGGAGGCAGCUGCGCUUCGCGGAAACCCAUCUCGAAGUUCAAUUCGCAACGAAAAACUAACUUUUCUUGCGCAAGAUUGGCGGCGAAUCCCUGCGUGAAGAAGUUGUGCAUGAAUAACUUUGCCUGGCUGCGUUUAAAAGAGUUUGGUGUCAUAUAUAUUCUGAACCAUAGUCGAUGGAUUUAUUACUCUCAAUACAAGAACAUUUUAACUGUACAUUCUCCCUAGGCUAGAAAUCUAGAAGCAUGGGUGACUGGAGCUUCCUGGGGCGGCUGUUGGAGAACGCACAGGAACACUCGACGGUGAUUGGCAAGGUCUGGCUGACCGUCCUCUUCAUCUUCAGGAUCCUGGUCUUGGGGGCGGCGGCCGAGGACGUGUGGGGCGACGAGCAGUCCGACUUCACCUGCAACACGCAGCAGCCCGGUUGCGAGAACGUCUGCUACGACCAGGCCUUCCCCAUCUCCCACAUCCGCUUCUGGGUGCUGCAGAUCAUCUUCGUGUCCACGCCCACCCUCAUCUACCUGGGCCACGUGCUGCACAUCGUCCGCAUGGAGGAGAAGCGCAAGGAGAAGGAGGAGGAGCUACGAAAGGCCACCAGGCUCCAGGAGGAGAAAGAACUGCUUUACAACGGAGGAGGCGAUGCGGGCGGAGGAGGAGGAAGAGGAGGAAGGGGUGGUAAAAAGGAGAAGCCGCCAAUCAGGGAUGAGCAUGGGAAAAUCCGAAUUAGGGGCGCUCUGCUGCGUACCUACGUGUUCAACAUCAUUUUCAAGACCCUGUUUGAAGUGGGGUUUAUUUUAGGGCAGUAUUUUCUCUAUGGCUUCCAGCUUAGGCCACUAUACAAGUGUGAGCGGUGGCCCUGCCCCAACACUGUAGACUGCUUCAUAUCCAGGCCCACUGAAAAGACCAUUUUCAUCAUAUUUAUGCUUGUGGUGGCUUGCGUGUCUCUUUUGCUGAAUUUGUUAGAGAUCUAUCACCUCGGCUGGAAGAAGGUCAAACAGGGAAUGGCGAACCCUGACCACGCGUUGCUGCCCCACUCCAACGGCGCGAGGCCCGAGUCCGUGACCUCGGCCUCCAGAACUGCCCCUCCGAACCUCAGCUCCCCGCCGACCUACACGGAUGUGACCGCGGGGAGCGGCGCAUUCCUGCCGCCCGCGGCAAAGUCCUCCACGGCCGAGUAUAAGACGGACCCUACACAGGAGGAGCCGUCGUCCUCCUACCACGGGAGUGGCGGCGGCGGCGGCGGCGGCAACCACGGCCUGGCCGCGCGGCAGAACUGGGCCAACCAGGCCACCGAGCAGCAGACUCGGGAGAUGAAGGCCUCCUCCCCCUCCCCCUCCUCCGAUAGCGAGCGGCAGCCCGGUGACGCCGCUGCUCCCCUCACCCCCACCACCUCCGUCAGCCCCAGCUCCAGUGGUGGCAGCGUGAGUGGGGAGAACGGUGGUCAGGAGGAAGGUCAAGGCACCACCACGGUGGAAAUGCAUGAGCCCCCCGUCACAGACCCUCGGCGGCUUAGCCGGGCCAGCAAGAGCAGCAGCCUCAGGGCCCGGCCCGGCGACCUGGCUGUAUAGCCAGCCCCCCCCCCCCCACCCCCCCACACCCAACUACAUCUCCGACCUUCC